UAAGUUGUUUAUUUUAACAGAUUUGAAAUGCAUAACGCUUUCUGUCCUAUCGAUUAGUGUUGCCAACUACAAUAAUCGACAGCGGGCCACCUCCAGUUGCCAGCAAUUUUGCAAGCAAAGUUUUGUUUUGCAGGAAUUUUAUCCAAAUUUAACUUAAAAUUCGGUUGCGUGGGCCUAAAUUUGGAUACUUAACGUUAAGCUGGUCGACUGAGCGUGCGGCAAGUAUAAAGCACGUAUCUGCUUAGCCAAGGAAUCCUCUAAUUGCGUUUCUCUUACCCUUAUGGAGAUGAAAACGGGCAGCAACAACAACCACAUCUCCGCCAGCAGCAGCAGCAGCAACAACAACAACAGCUCCUUGGCGCAACAGCAGCAUCAACGCUCCUCCACGUCCGUUUCCGUCUCCUCGUCGCACAUUGUCACCGAGUGGGAGGAUGGCAUCAUCUUCGAUGUGGACGAUCCCGACUUUUGCAAUCUGGCCACCGACAAGCUGAACUUCAUAGCAACUCAUCGUCGCAUUCGGUGGGGAGGCAGCUCCAGUUCUUGGACGAAUUACACAUAUCCAGGGCCAGGGUCGCGUAAACCUGAGCCCACCUUCUUGGCGCUUCCAGUCAUGGACAUGGUCGCGACCAGUGUCAGUCAGUUGGUCGAUCCAGAGCAACGCGAUCUAUUUGUAUAUAUUCGCAAACAUGCAAUGGCGCCGUGAGAUAACAUGUCAUGGACCUAUUUAUGGGAGCUUUUCCCAUUUCCCAAUGACGAGAUCGCUUCAUCUGGCACGCUAUGCAAAUUAAUUACGUUGAAGUCUUACAAAACCCGUGGAAUUAGCAUGCCCACGGGGCCAAGGGUCAGGGUCGUCCGUCGGCUUUCUAAUUGCCCUUGUCAACAGUUUCGUCUGGCGGCCGUAAAUCUUUCCGAUCGACGUCGGAUCGAAUUGCCGGUUGGGGCGGGAGGGUAUGGGGUCGAGUACUAAGUGCGCCUGUGGUUAUAGAACCGAUAGCCACUUUCGUUGGAUUGCUGCGCCCAGACGGAGUCACGCCCCGUUUUGGCAGUUUACCCCGAGAUUCGUGGGUACUUUUCCCCCAUUAAUUAAGUAAACGGUUUCCAUAGUACAGCCGCAGGUUGGAAUUCUGAUUUCGGUUUGUUUACACUCGCAUCUCGGGGCGAGGGAAUCCCGUGGAACGGGUUUGUCGCAUUCGAGCUAACUCAUUAGCAUCAGCAUGUGAUGAUGGAACACCGGAGCCCCGAUCAAAGACCAGUUUUACGAUCUAAGUGUGGCGCUGACUGGCCAAAAGUGGCGUAGUUUCCCGCCCAGUCCAGUGAAUCAGCCUCCCACGAACCCCAGCUCGUCGCCGUCUUUUGGGCAUCGAAGGCGAAACAAAGCCGCGCUUCUGCCCUGCAUGGUCGUUGUCUUUCGGGGCUGGGUUCCCGAUUUCCAUCGCCAUUGACGUCAAGCCAUCGCCUUUGUUUUUGCAUUUGGCUGUGACGGAUCCAUCCGCAUGUGAGCUGUGUAUUUACACACCAGCCACAACAGCCACCCAUAACAAUAAUUAACAGCUACUUUCAGGAGCAGCUUUGUUUGCUUAGCUGCGGAGCAAGUUGCUCGCAACAGAGCUGCAGGCGGAGCAAGGCAAGGCCUCCCGUGCUGGCCAAAUCCGAAGAGGAAGCGCAUGUCUUCGAGCAGCACUUGAGCACUAUGGGUUCGCAUGGUUCCAAAUGGGCUAUCUCGGCUCACACGGUUUUGUAGCUGCGGCAUAGGUGAAACUGCAAUACCCUGCACCUGCUGGACAAAUAGUUCGUUUUGGGUUCCUUUUUAUAGAUCAUAAAUGAACAAAAUACUGUUUAAUUUGCUCACAACGAAUAGGAAUGAUUUAUUUGUUUUUGAAUCCGCAAUUAACUUUAUUUGAUUUAGUCACACUAAAUUGCUUUUUGCGGAAUGCAAGUAAAACGUAUAUAGAAAAUGAUCUUAAAUUUCAAAGAUUUAUUUCCGUAAGGUAGCUCAGCCGGUAGCUAAGUGUGCAAUUAAGUCGAGCUUCUGAUUUAUACAUUCUAAAUCAAUUUAGCCGGCUAAAAUAAUCGCCACAAGCCCUUGGAGAGCUGAAAAAACGUACUUAAGCGUAAAUCACUUAGAUUGCAGUUUUCCCGAUGGAAAUCUCCGGGAAUUCUAAGCACGCUUUGGAAAAUAAUAAACAGCUUUUCGUUUUCUAAUAAACAGAUGUAUACCCUGAAAGGGUUUCUAUAUACCUCGUAGAAUAUUUGUAUAUAUUAAUGGAAGGCCCCCUAUAAACAAAUACAUACUUAUGGUUUUCGAUCCAUUGAUAGCACCUUCCCGGUGUAUAAAUCAAGCGAUAAGAUUGAAAUAAAUAAUUCUGUUCAAUUGCAAGCCUAAUUCGUCCGGUGGCGAAAUAUAUUUGUUAUUAUUUUCGUGCCAAAGUGCCAGUGAAAAAUUGGUGGAUAUAUAGUAAUCAGGAAAGGAAGGGUAUUUAUAUACACACGCGUGAGUGCGCAGGCACUUAAUAAGUUUUUAAAAGGCUUGCAAAAUAUUGUUUAAAUAUUGUUAUUUUCGGACUAAUAUCCUCACGUUGACUGACGCAAUUUCCGCUGAGGUGGGACUGUCUCUUUUGUGUGAGCAUCUCGGGCAAUUGCCGUGUGACCUUCCCCCUCCCACUGUCAUGGUAGCCCCGCUUGCUCCACUUCCCCCACCCACCAUCGCCAAAUCCAAAGUGCCGCGAAAUGAUCGCGGUCAUUAUGCAAUUACCCAAAACGAUGGCUGUCAUCUAAGGUAAUAUGUUUGUUACGCAUGAAGUGUGGCUGUCCAUCGAACGGAUUUCCAGCAAAAUCCGCCGGAAUGGAUCCGAUUCCGUUUCUCUCCGUGCAGCGAAGCUCGAAACUGCGUCGCGACAUCAGUUGAAAAGCGUGCUGGAUGGCGAGGGUUUCGUUCUUGCUUUCUAAAUAAACAUUAAUUGUUUAUACUAUGCAUGCUGGCCCGAGUUUAUGUAGUUAUGUAUGUAUCUGGUUCUGUGUGUAGUUGACCGUCGCCCGCGACGCUGAAUUGCAUUAAUUUGGCGAGGGUCGCUCGGAUUGGCUUUGGUUCGUCUCUGGUUUUGGGUUUUGAAUUUUCGGCUGCGGCUUUGGCCGGAGUGCUGUGCUCCCUUUUCGUUGGGCUGGCGUAAUUGGAGACACCUUUGGAGCGACGCGCGCCUUGGAAGCCGGCUCAUGUGCAUAAGUUGGGCCCGGUCUAGCUGCAGUUUGGCAAGUUUUUUUGUCCAUUAACAUGCCUGCGCUAGCGAAAAUUUCCAUUCCGGCGGGAUGACAGCCGCGGGAGUCACCCCGUCUUCAUAUUAUACAUACCGAGUGGGUUUCACCAUUACACUUUUUUUACAAUUUGCCGCAGAGACACGCGCAUUUCAAAAAAAGGGGACAAAUGAGGGGGUGGGAGGCGGACUUUGCUGAUAAGAUUAUGAGCAGAUUGAUAAGCGAAAAAUGGUGGAUGUGCGGCGUUUAUGUAUAUUUAUGGUGGGGAAAUAACCGCAGAGAAGGAAUAAUACUAUCAGCAUGAUAUUGUCAUCUUUCGCUGAUUAAAUGCCUUUUUGAGCUAACUAAAUAUACAUUUCUGGCUCCCAUGGUCUGAAAAGAGGUCUUUUGACAAUGGUGCAUGGUUCGAAAAAUCCUAAGAUUUUCCGAAUAACAUUUAUUAGACAUAAUGAUUAUGGGAAAACACCCCCGGAUGGAAUUUUCCGUUCAGGCCAUUGCGGAUCUAGUGAUUAGGGAUGCGCUCUACCUGCGCCGCUUCGAGGAUCCCAUCUUCCGGCUACCUCGCUCUGUCCUUCCUGCGGCUUUCCACCUGCGCUGUUGUCACGGACGCGAACCCGAAUUCGAGCCCGUAACCGUCCCUGUCCUUGCCCGGCGCUCUACCUGUCAUAGCGCGAAGUGAUUUGUUAUUCAAAUGAAGCAACGUCCGUCGGUUCCUCUGACGGUUGCCAGGGGGCAUCUUGUUUGCCGUCUUCUUGGACAUGCGUCAAUAACCAGCGGGCGAUUACACCUAGUCGAUGUACUAGUGUCCGUCCGGUCAAUGUGUCGUAUACGUACCGUCCGGCCGACGGGGCGUAUGGAGGAGAUAUCGGUGUGGGUAUCUGCUUAUCGGUAUGGGUGUAAGGGUGCUCGCCUGCUGUGCUUGACCGUUAAAUGUGCUCGCCCUCUCGCCAUCUGUGCUGGUACCCGCUACUCGUAGGGUAUAAAGGGUAUAACGUGUUUGAGGAGCGAUAUGUGUAGCAUGUUCUAUACCUUGAAUAUGAUUCGAGUGUUGGGAGUAGAUAAGUUCAGGCACCUUGAACUUAAUAGCUGCAAUUAUCUAAUAUUUAUCUAAGACCGAGAGAGUUUAACGAUGCCACAUAAUUGGUGUCACCAGCGAGUAACAGGUAUCCUCGGGUCGGGACACUCGCUGGUUAUCGCUUUGUUUUGGUUUCUUAUCUCUGCUCUCGCUGAGAGCCUCUCCUGUUGCCAACUACCGCUAAUUUGGGCAGCAUCAGACUUUGUUUUGGCAUUUUGCUUGUGUUUUGAUCUUUAUUACGUGUUUUGCACGGCACUUGGGUGAUUUUUUUAAUUCGUGCGUGUGCUUGUGUUUUGGCAAGUUCAGUUCGUUAGCUUUGCUUUGUCAUGCGAUUCGGAUUCGGGUUCGGGUCCGAGCAAUAUCACUCGCUCGUCUCUGGCACUCGCUCUCCGCGCUGACUAACGGCUCUCCGCUCUCGCCAGUCGGAUCGGCUAUAAAAGCGGUGCGAUCUCGGCGAGCGCCGUUCAUUUGAGUUUCGCGGUUCGAGGUGCUUUGCUUGCCCACUUGGUCUUUCGGCUCUGGAGAAAACUACUCGCAUCGAAUCGAAUUGAAUCUGGGGAAAUCAGUCCGAGUCCCAGCUACACAGUUCAGUUUCGCUUCCCAGUCCAACUAUAAAAGUGCGCUGCAGUCCCAGUCAAACAACUGCAUUCAGAUACAAACAAUUGCCAAUUGCAUUUUCAUGAGCUAACUGUCUCGCAUCGCGUGUGAAAAGUUACAAGCAACACAGAAACAAUUGCCAACGGUUAAUGUUAAUGUCCAGGCAAUUAUAAAAAGCAAUUCGAUUGUCUGGCUUACGCAAGGCCAACUACAAUUACCAAUAAA